CCUGUGCGGUUAAAAUUACGGUUUUUGACGUGACGCGCGUGCUGUCGAAUGAUAUAAGCGAUAACGAUAAGUGGCAACGAGCACAAAUACGGAGAAAGCGAACAAAGUGUAACAUUUACGACUUCUAUUCGUGUGCUCAACGGUGCGUGUAUGUUGGCGAGGCAAAGCAAUCCUUUUAUCACAUCCAACGUUGGGUUGAUUGUGCGGUCGCUUGAUGUAAAAACAUAAAUCUUAAUCCGAAAAGCUGAAAAAGAAAACGAAUAAAGAAAAGAGUAUAAAAUUCUUCAAAGUUUUUGUGAAAUAUUUCUUGUGUACUUUUACGGCUGAUUCGCCCGUUUUCCUUCGAAAAAAUUUAAACGUAUUUGCGGACGUGUGUGUGAAAGUUACCACUACAUAUACGUAAUAUCUUACUUGUAGCACCUUCUUGUACUUGUAAAAGUACCUGGUUAGUGGCUUUAUUCACUUAGCGGUUAGGCAUGUGCCGGUCCCGACAGAUUUAAAUGUAUAAAUUAUGAAUGAAAAUAGUGAAAGCAAACAUACCAAAAACAACAUUCAUAACGUUAAAUGCGUGACAACAAAUAAUUUAUUACUUCUUUGUAGUAAUGGCGGUGGUGGCGGUAGCGGCUGUUCUGGCUAAACCGGCUGAGAUAAAGUCGACGUUGACGGUCGCUCCAAUUGCGGUUGACGUGAGUUCGACUUUCAGAUCCCUAUUGUUGAUGGUGUCUGCGGCAGCAGCGAUAGCUGUUUAAAGCCACACACCACUAACACUUACACACUCAAUCAGUCAGCCAUCAGUCGGACAGUCGAACGAUCAGGCAGCUAGUCAGCCAACGAGCCAACCAGCCGUUCGAGCCAAGGCAACUGUAAUUUGCGAACAACAAGCUACUAACUGUCCCAACUAACUAUCAAAACAACUGGCUGCGUACGUUUGCGGUUAUCGUGCGCUCGGUUAUGUUAACAGCAUGUGCGUGCCACAAUUUUAGUGCUUGCCAUUUAGGACGCAAGUUGGCACGAUUUUAUGGUGCGAGUUAUACUUGGAAACGCUUUACCUAUGCACACAUAUACGCAUAGUUAAAACGUUGGUUCGUGUGCGCUUUUUAAUGAUCGCGUGUGUUUGUGAGGAUUGUGUGUAGCAGCAAUUAGUGCAAAGGAUUUAGCAUUAAAUUCUCUAGAUCCUAAACUUACUUUAAAAUUCGACAAAUUAUGAAAUUUCUUCAGCCACAAUAAAUAAAAAAAAACACCGUUCUGUGAAAUAAGCAAAGACUCAAUCAAUGUCUCUUUACUCACAUAUCUACGUAUAUAAACAAAGUAAAACAUUAGAUAUACUAAACGAAAACUACAGUAAAAAAUCCGAUAAAUAAAAAGCGAAAUUUGUUUUAACAUGAAACUCAACAGAAUACACCGUAACCCUCAAUCCGAACAGGAAACACAAAUGAAAGCCUCAAAUAGGAGCAUAUAGGUCUAUGCAUUGAAUGAAAUGUUUGUAUUCUAUUAGAUUGGAACGUAGCUCUACACAUGACAAGGGUACGUGUAUUCAGUAUUACCAAUAUCCUAGUUGGCAGCAAAAUAACUAGCAACUUUAACAGCAUAUCAAUGGGGUCAGCAGCGGCCGUAGCUUGCAAAUGGAUAUUUCUAUGUUCCUGCUUAGCGAUAUUUGAUACUACCCUCAGUUUAUCCAUGACGGAAGUACGUAUACCAAAACACAUCAUGCGACAUGAGGACGCUAUGCUGGGUUGCAAAUAUGAUUUGGACGGCGAAUCACUUUACUCGGUUAAAUGGUAUAAGGAUGGUUUUGAAUUUUAUCGCUAUGUACCGCGGGAUAUGCCACCUGGCCAAGUGUUUCCAUUGCCCGGCGUCGAUGUUGAUUUGCUCAACUCAACGGAUAAUGUAGUGGUAUUGCGUCACGUAACUUUACAAUCAACUGGUCGGUAUCGUUGUGAAGUUUCCGGUGAAGCUCCUUCCUUCCAAACAGUCUCUGGCCAUGAGGAUAUGAUUGUUGUUGUUACACCAAAGCAUGGUCCACAAAUAACCGGCGGCCAACCGCGUUACCAAAUUGAUGACAUCGUACGCGUGAAUUGUACGUCGGCGCCGUCCAAGCCAGUGUGUCAUCUAAGUUGGUUAAUUAAUGGCGUACAUGCGAACCGGACAUUCCUGCGGCCAUACGAUCCCAUCAUUGUUGGACGCGAGGGCUUGGAAGUGGCGCGCUUGGGAUUGGAGUUUCGCGUACGUAAAAGAUUUUUCAAACACGGCGACAUGAAGUUGAAGUGUGUGGCUAAAAUAUCUUCAGUUUAUUGGCAGAGCAAUGAAGAAAGCGUGGCGAAUGAGAAACAUCAGAAAAUACCCGUACUUGAAUCGCGUGAAACUGUUGUGGCAAAGUCACGCUUGCGUGACAAGGCGUUGGAAGAUAAUCAACUCAAAGAUGCAAGUACAUCAUCAGCAGCGACAUCUUCAGCGGCCACACACUUGCCAUUAGCGGCACAACAUUCGAUACUAACAACCUUCGCGCCCACCCUACUCCUACUCACGUUGCCGGGCUUAGCAGCAAUGCUGCCACUAUUAAUAGCAUUUUUCUGUCAAUAUUGCCAAUUUAAUAUUUAUAUGCGCCAACAACAACAGCAGAAACAGCAAGACUAUCGAUUGCAAGCGUGUCAUGGCUGUUUCGGUGCCAGCAGUUACCGACAGUGGACGCGCCACAUUCACCCAACUGACAGAUGACAAUUAGCUUUGGCAUAUUAAAUAUGUGCGAAGGCAAUUGACAUUUGAAGCAAUUGCAGCAGCGGCAGCAUUAACGUUAGCAGCAGCAAAUGAAAGUACUCAGCCAUCAUCAUCAUUGAUUAGUAUAAAUUGUUGAAGAUUAAUAGCUAUUUUUUUCACUUUCGUUAUCUAUCAAUUAAUUGUUGAUGAAUUUAGCGUAGCUAUGGCGUGGCAUUGAUGUUAGAGUGUUAAAAAAAGAAGAAUUAAAAAUUGUAAAAAAUGGGCUGAAAUGGAAAACUUUGGUGACUGUUAUUGACUUAAUUUGUGUAAGUAGUAGAUAAGAAAAAUAUAAAAAAAAAAUAAACGAUAUGACAUUUUAAUGUAGUUAGUUAAGGCUUGUUAAUUUAUUAAAUUACUAGAUACCAAUGUAUAUGUCUUAACUAAAUUUAAAAUGAGGAGGUGGUAGGCCUAGUAGAAUUAUUUAGAUACAAUUUCUACUUAAAGGUUAUUUAAAGUGAUAUGUUUGGUUUGCUAUUCAUUCUGAAUUUUUGUUAAUAAAUAUAUUGUGCGAUAUCGUUUUUUAGACAGCAUUGACGAUCAAAAUGAUUUUUGUGUGUGCUUGGUACGUUUGACAAGGUAUCGUAUGAGCUACUCUUUUACAGCCCAACCCUUAAUUCUUCCUUCUAAAAAAAGUAAUCGCAAAGAAGCGCUCAGGAGGUGAAUUGUAUGUGGAAAGGACAAAUUCAGACCACACAUAUCGAUAGUGACCCGCCAGAAGUUCCGAGAGCUUCGUUGAGAGUUUCUUAUGCAUCCACCGUAUAGUCCGGACUUCUAACCAAUUGAAUAGCAUCAUUAACCGUUCUAGGGGUUGGCUUCAAGAGAAUCCAGUGUAAAUCGAUUGUUCACAUUUAUUGUCAAUAGGUUUAAUAUGAGGAUGGCAUUACCUUUAAAACAGGAAAAGUAAAAGAGCAAAACUUGUUAUGAAUUGGAUAAUUUUAACAACGACAAACAAAUCCUUCAAUUUAAUUCAUAAAUAAUG